UCAUAAUAUCCCACACCUUCCUCUCUGGUGUCUGCCAUCUCCUUAUACGCCCUUCCUAUCAAGCCCUUCCUAUUACAUGACCACGGUAUAUACGUCUUUAAGAACUCCGGGAUCGCGAACUAUAUAUAAAAUCUUUAAAUAUAUUAAAUGGCGAAUGGCGAUCUUCAAUUCCGCGUCGCAACCCCAGACGAUGCAGCGCAGAUCCAGCAAUUGGUGCAGUCUGCAUUUCGCGCCGAGGAUAGUAGGGAAAACUGGAUAGGGGACAUGACUCUUGCGUCGCAGUUCAGCGUCAAAGUCGAGGAGAUCAUGAGCAACAUCACUAAGCCGGACAGCGCAUACCUCAUAGCUACUGACGAAAACGGCGCCCUAAAGGGCUCUGUGGGCGUUUCUAAACGCGACGCCGACCUUUCUCGCAUCUACAUGCUUGCAGUUGACCAGCACCACCACCGGGGAGGCAUUGGACGUAAGGUCCUGGCUUAUGCCGAGGACUACUGUCAACGGAGAUGGAGCGUCAGCAGGCUGGGACUUAACGCCCUUUCUUCCCGACACGAGCUGAUCUUGUGGUACAUACGCUGCGGUUAUCGGAAGACGGGGGAGUUGACGCAGUUUCGGCGUGAGGGCUUGGAUUUGCCGAACGACUUGUGUUUUGUCGAGCUGGAAAAGGAUUUGGAUAUGGGUUCUACCGCAGUUGAGACAACGUAGACUGCUAUUUUUAUGAAACUUUAUGUUUACACUACAGGAAUGGGGGCUCAGUAUGCGUUUGGGGGGUUUGCCAGCUCCCACCGGAUAGCCGAGAGAUCUAUUGAUACGUUCUGAUAGUUUUAUGCGAAAAUAUUAAACCUUCUACUUUCUACUGUCUUUUCCGUUCUUGAGUUGUAAUCUGAA